GACGACUUGCCGCGGCGUAAAAACUCUCACGGAGUAGAGAGAAAAGCCGGGACAAGCCUAUAGCUUUAUUUUAGAAAUAAGGAAAUUAUACAAAGAAAAGUGACUCUAGGAUAGACUAAACAAAUAGAGAGAAACGCAAUUACAAUGUACGCUUAUACAAAAAAAGAGAGACUCUACUAUAGACAACAACCGAGAAAGAAACGCAAGUAGCUUAAUUCUAUCGCCGCGAGGUACCUUUCGCACGCUGGAGAGCUCUCCUACCUUAGACGCAGAACGAGACGUGGACGGCGCGACGUAAAGCCUUGGCCGCACGUUGGUGGGAUGCACCUUCCUCGGUCGCAGGACGCCUCGACGUCUCGAGGGAACCAAUCCUGGACCACGGGCAGGUCUUUUCAGCCCUGUCGCGUAGGUAGCAAUCACCGGGUGGAGAUCGACACGGCGAGGAAGCUCACACGUGGCCGAAAUCCCAACACUCGAAGAAUUCACACAAACCGCACAGCGCACGCAAAAUGCACACACACUACGCAACGCACGGUGAUACAAUAAAGAAUGUCGAUCGUCCUGAAAAGGACGAUGGUGUUGACUCUAUUCGCUCGCAAUUUACACAGAGGCUUUUGCAAUUGCAAGUACAACAGCGCAAAAGGUCAACUGAUUACUCGAGAGGAGCUGUCAGAACUGAACUACACGUGCUCCCUCGCGCCGGAGCCCGCGCAAAACGGGAGAGGCCCAUGUAGGUGCCCCACGUUAGGUGGCAGCACCUCCCGACUGCGGAGAGAGAGAGAGAGAGAGAGAGAGAGAGAGAGAGAGAGAAAGAGAGAGAGAGAGAGAGAGAGAGAGAGCAGCCAUGCUGCGAGCGAGCGCCGACGCCGAGCAGAGUUCCGCAGACCACGGUACAAGUCGGUUGAGCUGGAAAGAGAGAGGAGAGAAUAAAGUGACUGUUCAAGAGAAGAGUGUUCAAUCUCUAGCCUAGCCUAGACGUCCUCUUCCCACAUUGGUGACCCCGACGCAGGCUUCUCGACGACGAGUCAACGAGCGCCGACGAGAAGAAGAAACACACAUCUCGGCAAGUCUCUCCAGCCGCGGAGUCUUUGUCUCGCACGUCGCGGACAAAGACAUUUUGCGAUUGCGUCAUUCUUCACGCACAUCGCACACUCCCGUGUGCACGCUGGCACGCCGGUGCACACGCGGAGCAUUAUUGACAAUCAAGUCGAUCUCCUCGACACACGUCUUUUCGUGUCGAGAGCGGCAGCAACAAGUCCUAGCGACGCGCCGUCAUUUUGAGCUAUACGCGCGCAGGCACGCCGGCGCGUAUAGUCUCCCCGCAACUAUACGUUGCACAACGUGGACCCUCGUCAAGGCCGUGACCUUUGGCGCUCUCCAACAAAGGAUUUGCGUGAAGCCAUCGACACCGGCACCUUUUGUCCACCCAACCAACACCUCCUCAUCGGCAGCAGUAGUGGUAGAAUUGUAGCGUCGUGUGUGGCGAGACGUGCAAAAUUCUCACACUCAGGUAAUUUAGUGCGCGCGAGCGAAAUUUCACCGCAAAGCCGCCAUCUUGGUUACGAAGCGGCUCUGAUUCCGAGAACUGUGUGUGCGAAUCGCAACAGUUCGUCGAAGUGUCACGCAUACGUUGCGUCAACGAAUAGAUUCAGUAAAUCUAUAUAUUUUUUUUUUUUUAAAGUGCGUAAUUAACACAAGCGUGUGUUCUUCUUUUAGUUUCAUAAGGCUUAGGGCACGUCAGGCCUCUCACGUGCAGACACGUUGCUUCCUUCUUCCGGACGUUGGUUCACGCAGAAGGAACAACAAUCAUCUCUAGUUGAGAGAGUCCUCUUACACACGCCGCAAGGUCAGCUCAGCGCCGCGGCAUAUACAGUCAUGGACAAGGUCAGAGAAGCUCGAACACAGCUGCAGGCAUACAGAAAUGCCUCUUCCGAUGAGCAGCUGCGUGCGGAUUGCUUUCGAGUUGAUUUAGAGCUCGAGCAAUUCGAAGUCUUCCUUCAGCAAGCCCUCGAGCAUCGCGAAACACGAGCACUCACCACCAGAUACGCGAGUUCGUCAAAUUUUCCGGUCAUCCAAGAUGCUCAAGUUCCUCAAUUGUUCGUCAACAACAAACCUGUAUUGCGACUUUUCCUGCGUGACAUCCUGUAUCGCGUUACUAGGAAAAAGCUCUACGAAUGUUUGUCAGCACAAGGGUGCACCGAUUUUUCCAUAGAUAGUCUUAAGAAUACAAGAAAGGGCUCCGUCGCGGUCAUUUCUUGCAAGUUGCUGUCAUCCUCAUGCGCUAUUCAGAUCAAAUCUUGUAAAAAAGAACUGACCUUCACAGAUCCUUGAGGCAGAGUCUCAUACAUCAAAACGAGACCCGAUCAAUUCACUCAGCAAGAACCUUUACCGAGCACUCAGCCCGCAUUCAACAAAUUAACGCUUCUACCCACUCCUCUUGUAGACAUUUUACAACGUGGAGAUGUGAUCAAACGCUUAGCUCACUAUCUUACUUACAAUAAUUUCCUAAAUCUUUACACAGCUUGCCAUGAUGACCCCCAAUUCCAUGGCACAGCACUUCCAUUCGACUCUUGUUACGAUCGGUACUCUCACCCCAGUGGUCUGAAUAGAAUGCUUGAGGAUGUCAAUAACUUCAAAUUCACUAGUAUUUCAUUCAAUACUUCAGUCAAUAUAAUAGAAAUUCCGUUUAUUAACAAAUUGUUAUGGCGCUGCGUCAGCCACAGGCCCAUUUCCGACAAGUAUCUUCGUCUGCGCGAAAUGGACCUAUCAGCUGUCAUUGUCUCUAAGAAAACUUUCGACUUACUCUCGGACAGUUUUGCAAUAAACAAACUCACGUUGGGCAGCACUCCAGGUGGGUGCGACGAAUUUCUAACAAUAACCAACUUAGAAUCACUGAACUUUGUAAAUAACAAAAAUUUAUCGCUUAAGUUUUUAACCAGAGAAAAAUGCAGUUCUCUGCGUUCUCUAUCGUUUAACAACUGCCAAGAAGUGCCUAUCGAACGUCUGUUCGACUUCGUAAAAAACAAUACACACACACAGUAUUCUUGCGUACGAAUGCUCUCAGGACACUCAAUCUCGAAAACAACGACUAUUUCAAAGGUUUUGUUACAGACAUCAUAGACAAUGCGCCAAACCUAGUCGAGUUGAACUUAUUAGGAUUAGACUUCAAUUAUCCGUUACUUCUUUCAAAUUUACCUCAAUUACGGUCGAUCCGGAUUAAUUACAACUACCAUAUUGUAAAUGCACUCAUCAGUGCUGGUCCUAAACAAACCUUUGAAGUACUCAUAAACAAUACGUGGGGAAAGAAAAGAACUCGAGUAAUCAACCUAGCUAACUUAGCUGGAGUGAUUCACGCCUGCGAACAAAUAGAUUUUAAGUUUGUUAACUGUCGAAUCAAUGUUCCGACGCACGUUCGCCAAGAUCUCGCUACACACGGCGUUAGUCUACGAGCGUUAGACAAUACUGUCUCUUUACUAAAGACUUUGUAAAUACUUUAAGUUCAUAUUAAUAAGUUCA